AUGAAAAUUAUUAUGGGGCUUACUAAAAUUGAAGGAAAAUUGAAUGGUUUACAUUGGAUAACAACAUCAUUAUUUAUUGUUGCUGAUUUAGCCGGUGGUGGGGUUGUAGCAAUGCCUCUUGCCAUGGUUAAAUCAGGUUUAAUGGCUGGAUUAUUAAUUAUGAUUAUAUUAUUUAUUGUUUUUACAUAUACAGCACAUAUGUUAGGACAAAAUUGGAUUCGUAUGUGCCAAAAUUGGCCAGAAUAUAAUGAACAUUGUAGAAAACCAUAUCCAGAAAUGGCUUUAAAAAGUAUGGGUGAAAGAUCAAGAACAUUUACAUCAUUUGUAAUAAAUGGAAUGUUAUUUGGUGUUUCAAUUGUUUAUCUUUUAUUAGCAUCAAAAAUUAUCAAUGAUAUUGUAUUUUCAUUUAUAGGUAAUAAUGUAGGAUCAUGUAUUAUGUUACUUAUUGUUGCUAGUAUUAUGUUACCAGUAACAUUUCUUAAAUCACCACAAGAUUUUUGGUGGGCAAUUGUAGUUGCAAUGUUUACAACACUUUUUGCUGUAAUUAUUAUAUUUAGUGGAACAAUAAGUGAUUUAAAAACUUGUGCACCAGUAGCUAAUUAUCCUCCAUUUAGCAUAAAAAAUUUAUUUUUAUCAUUAGGAACAUUUAUGUUUUCAUUUGGUGGUCAUGCUGUAUUUCCAACAAUACAACAUGAUAUGAAAAAACCAAAUAAAUUUACAAGAUCAUCUAUUGUUGCAUUUAUUUUGGUAUUAACUAUGUAUAUUCCAGUUACUGUAUUAGGAUACAUGGUAUAUGGUGAUAGUGUACAAGAUAGUAUAAUAUCAUCCUUACAAAUACCUUUAUUACAAAAUAUUGCAAAUGCAUUUAUUGCUAUUCAUUGUAUAUUAACAUUAACAAUUGUUAUAAAUCCAUUAAAUCAAGAAGUAGAACAUUAUUUAGAUAUACCACAUCAUUUUGGUUGGCAAAGAAUAGGUGUUAGAACUUUUGUUAUGGGAAUAAUUGUUUUCACUGCUGAAACUGUCCCAAAUUUUGGUCCAAUAUUAAACUUAAUUGGUGGUACUUGUGUUACAUUAACAUCAGCUUUAAUGCCAUCAUUUUUUUAUCUUUUUAUGGAAACAAGACUUAAAAUGAUUAGAGAUAAUAUUAAUGAAAAAAAGGAUGAAAAUGACAUUUAUCCAAGUAUACUAGAUGUUUACAAAAAUACUAAUACUUCAAAAUUAAUCAUAAAUUCAAUAAUAAUUAUUUUAUCAUUAAUAUGUGGUAUUGCAACAACAAUUAGUGCAAUAAACGAAAUGAGUGAUAGUCAAUUUUCAAUGCCUUGUUAUUUAAAAAAUUAUUUUGGUGAAAAUGAUAUAACAACACCAAAAAUUAUAGAAUCAUUUAAACUUAUUAAUUGUUGUGGAAAAUAUUUAAAUGAAUCAAGAUAUAAUGAUAUCAAUGUUUGCUUAAAUAAUAUAUCAAUUUAA